AGCUAAUCCAGAUAUGUCAAUUAGCUUCCAGAUGGUCAGUUUCAGCAAAGCAGACCAGAUCCUCGCACAAGUUCACAGACUGCACAGCAGCUCAGGGAGUGGUGAGAACAGAGAUGCUGCUUUACCUCCUGCUUGGUCAGCUUCUCUUUGGUGCGGUUUUGUCACAAGAUGUCCAACAAAAAUGUACGAAAUGUAACAAUACAGAAGAAAAUCCUAAGAAGACGGAUUCUGGUUGUCAAGACUUCGAGCUUUGUAUCAACAGCACUGAAUUGAAUGUGCAGGAGGGAAAUACGGUCACAUUCAAAUGCUACCAUAACUUAACUAACACAACUAUGAGAUUCACGUGGCUUAUUGGAGACAAAAAAUAUCAAGACCAAGAAAAAACCCAAAACGAAAGCCUAAUCGAGCUAGUUUUGACGAAGGUUCUUACUGAUAAGAAAGGUGACUACAGCUGCAGAGUGAACUACGAGUCUUGUACUUGCCAGUCUGCUGCUCUAACUCUCAAUGUAAACGGCAACUCCGUGAUCAUCUUAGUCAUCUGUGGCGUUUCAGCUUUGGCCUUAGUCAUCAUCAUGGGGGUGACUAUGAAGAUCAAGCUGAAGAGAGAUAAUGCUCAACACAGAGAGAGGAUGAAGCAGAGGGUCCAGGCUGAGCAGAAUGCAGGCCAAACACCCUCCCCUCAAAGAGGAUACUGAAAAAACAACCUUUCAGUCUAUAUGUUGUGUCUCUGCUGUUUUAUUUAACCUAAAAUAAUAAAUCAAUUAUUCUUUAUGUAAUUGAGCCCAAAUUCUUUGCCUUGUGAAUUUCAUGAGCUGUUUUCUUGAUGUAUUAUUUUAGUUCUAUGUAAUAAAUAAAUAAAUAUAAAGAUGCAAGAAAUGUUUUAAUCUGGAGGCUGGAUGGAGAUUCUCAAACUAAUCCUGCUGAAUGCUCUGCUCACAGCAGCACACACCACACAGAGCAGCUUAACACCGGCUGGCCUGAAAUGGAUAUAUGGAGCAAUAAUUCCAUCCACUCAUCUCCAAGAGUGGGUUAUAAAUAGGAUCUUAGAAUUGAGUAAUGAAAACAGAUCUACUUCCCCGGUGUAACACUAUGAUAUAAUCCUUUGAUGCAUGCAUGUGCAAUUUCUCCUUUGCAUCCACAGCAUUCUUUUUCCCUCUCAGCCAUAUGGCGCAUCUCCCUUUUAUCUGUGAGGGAAGAGGAACGACUGUUUAUUUUGCUUCCUCCUAUAGCAGGUGGCUAAGAGAUAAUCCAGGUAAAGCCACCAGCAAAGUGGAGAUGGAGGGAUGGACCAAGGAGAGGGAGGUUGGAGUGGCCCUUGUAUGGGUGGCUAUGGCUAAUUCUGGCCUCUUAAUCCCAGUCCCAUCUACCCUUCCCCCCUCUUCCUGCUCGCUAACCCUAAGAAGCAAUUGGCGCCCAGGUAGACGUAACCACAUACACACAUAGCGCCUAUACUAGUUUACUGAGACGGUCGGUGCCCUUUGGUUGUUGACUUUUUUGGGAUUUCUGACCUGUGGAUGGAGAAGUCAUUCAUGUGAGCUUCACUGGAGAAUGUAGCUGCAGCACUUGGGCCAGGUGAUAGGACAGACACCAACAUGGGAGAAGCUCAAAAGGGCUUACUCUCUGUCAUAGAGAAACUGAAAGGAUCAACAGAGCAGGAGGUCAGGAUAGUUCUUUUGGGUUUGGACAAUGCGGGCAAGACCACCCUGCUGAAAAGCCUCGCCUCUGAAGAUGUGAACACCAUCACACCGACUCAGGGUUUUAACAUAAAGAGUGUUGCCUCUCAUGGCAUGAAGCUCAACGUUUGGGACAUAGGAGGGCAAAGGAAGAUCAGGCCCUUCUGGAAAAAGUACCUGGAAAACACAGACCUCUUGAUUUACGUAAUCGAUAGUGCUGAUAAAAAGCGGUUUGAGGAGACCGGACUGGAGCUGUCAGAGCUGAUUGAUGAGGAGAACUUAAAGGGGGUUCCUGUGCUCAUCUUCGCUAACAAGCAAGAUCUGGCCACUGCAUCGCCAGCCAGUGAGAUCGCCGAGGGACUCAACCUGCACACAUACCGGGACCGGGAGUGGCAGAUCCAGGCCUGCUCAGCCAUGUCUGGGGAGGGCGUUCAGGACGGCAUGAACUGGAUUUGCAACAACAUCGUGAACAAGAAGAAGUGAGCCACCAUGCCAAACGAGACUGAAAGGAGUCUAAGACGUAAAAACGGAUAAAAACGUGGUUUCUCUUGACCAUCAGCUGAUGUCAACUGUCACCCUCCCAUCUACCACCUCAUAGAAUUUAACAACAAUUUUCUUUUUACGAUGUGUGACAUUUUUAUGACUAUUUUGCAAAGGGUAGUUGACAAAAAUAAUAUUUCCGAUGUGAAACAUGAAUUAGGAGAAAUUUGUGUUUUGUUUAAAUUUGUUUGUUCUCUCCAAUCCCAUUGCGGUGGACAUGUGUACUUUGGUAAAUUAUUGUUAAAUUUAAGCUGGGUGUGUAGCAGUUUGUCGUUACAUAGGACGUUUUUGUGUGUGCGUUCAUUGUGGGUUUUGAAAGUGUUGUCAAUAAAAUAAUAAUUAGUGAUUACUGU